AACCUGCGUUCGAACUAUCAGACGAGCACGAUUCACGGGCAGAAUGGCUUCAACCCAGGAUAUACAGUCCCUCCUGCGCUUUUUGUCUCAGGAUGCCAAGGUGCCGUUGGCUCAGGCCAUAAGCAAAGUAAAGGACCUCCAGAACGCUAAAAUUAUCACACCAACUGAAAUUGCCAAAGCAGAAUUUGAUAAUCUCAAGACCAUCUUCGGUGACGAAAAGCUAGCGCGGCAAGUUCUCAACGCCGCGAAACGGGUCUCCAAGAAGCGAACAUCGAGCGAUAUGUCAGCACCGGCUGUCCCCGCACCAGUAGUCAAGAAAGCCAAACCUUCGUACGGCGAACCGCUGAACCCUGCACAAUACGAAGCCUCUUUGGCACUUCCAGAGGCAGAAUUAGACGAAGCAAAGCUCAAAGAAGCAGUCAUCUUCACGAACCGGGCACCGCUGGUCAUCGCAUUUGCCGUAACACUGCUCAAGUACACCAUGCCCGAACAGCCACUAUCAAGCAGACUAAGCCUUGCACAAGCACUCUGCAGUGCUAAUAGUACAAGCAAGGCCAGAAAUAUCGGUUUACAGUCGGGGAAGUCAGCCGAGGAAGAAGGCUGGGGUGAAGGACAACCAUAUGUCACGAUUAUGGGCCGCCCCAUCAGGGUGAUGAAGCGGUGGGGUUACAAUUCAAAGGAAGACGGCGAAGAAGCUUCGAGCCAAGAUACGAUUGGCGCAUCUACGCAGAACACCAUCCAAGCAGAGUCCAGCGUCCCCGAAGAACCCGCCCUAUGGGGCCUGGAUCUGGAAGCGCUCAAGAAGUCCAACGGACCCGUAAUAGCCGGAGCACGUAAGACCUCCACCACCGAGCUCCCGAUCUACAAACCAGAGGGAGCUAGGGCGUAUCUGCUCAAGUCAUUCCAGACGAAACAGCCGGCGCAGGGACACGGCGUGGUUCCCAAGAAGAAGAUGGUCACCGAUAAGGAGCGGAAUCUUGGUAUGCUUCUUGGAGCUCUAGAUUUAUUGUGCCAGUCAUGGGCGCAUAUCUUAAGCAAGGAUGACCUAGAUAGGCGGGCGUGGGUCUGGUAUUGUAAUGUGAGGCCCGAGGUUAAGCCUGGUGCUGCCGGAUGGGGAGGGAAGGGGGAGGUCAAAUUGGUGGAGGUGCUCGAGCUAAGGCGGCCGGCGGUUUGAAUUGUGAUUGGUACUAUGAGGGCUUUAAUAUCUACUGCUCAUAGUCGGGGUUAUGAGUGACGAGACAAGGGAGACUCUAUGUCUCAGUCACAAUCUUGAUUUGCGCGGGUACGGAGCAAGAGCUACUCAUUUUCCUAGGUUUAGCCUCUUUCGGACCUUUGAUGCGGUGGAUCUUCUUGGACGUUGACGAUAGCAGC